AUGCUUAUUCCACAACCUGUUCUGCUCCCUCUGCCUCCUGGCCCUUACCAGGUCAGCUCAAACGGCCUCCACCGCCUGCGCAUGGCCCUCAAGACCAGCGCCUCGCCCCUUGCAGAGCCUCUACACCCAGACACGGAGCACUUCGAGUCCAUGGCCGUCGCUCUAAGCCUAGGCCUCGAAAUGGCAGAGACACCGCAAGGUCGCGCGGCGUUUGCAUCUCUGGGAAGGCUCGUGGACGAGUUCCGAGCCCAUCCGACCGCCAGCGCCGCGCAGAAGGCGGCGCGUUGUGCCUCACACUCCACCCACAUGGACUGGCACGUCAACCAUUUCCUGCAGAGCAUCCGCGCGGAUUUUCCCGAAGUGAUAAUUGGCUCGACGAAACUCCAUACCCCGGACGCGCUUGCCAUGACGGCGAAGCAGGACUGGUGGCAGGGCUCCUACGAUGCGUUUACAGGCAAAGCGGCGGGGGGCAUCUUCUUCAACUCUUCGAGGGUGCACAGCAUGGUCGUUGCCCACGACACGUACGUCUGGGCCAGCAAGGCAAAGGCGCCCGUGGCCCAGCGAUACUUGCAGCGCUGGCGGACCUCUCUGUUCAUGUUUGCGUGUGCCACGCUGCACGAGCUGGCCCACCUCUUCGUGUGCUACCUCACUAGAGGCAAGUCGCCAGACACCCCCGAGGGAAUCACCCACCUCGACUACUCAUCGUAUCUUGAUGCCGAGACUAAGCAGACAAUGCCUGGCUUCGAGAGUGGGCGGUGGUUGGAGAACGCCCUAUACGGCGGAUCGCUCGAGUUCAUUUGGGACGACAAUGAUGACCGUAUGCAGACCGGCAUACCAUAUCUCAUCAAUUCAAGUGACGUAGCCUUUCAGAUUCGGCGCAGCACCAUCGAUCAGUUCUUCGCGAGCCCACGGAGAUUUGCGUUCCCUUUCCCCGUGCACGCGACCCCGAUCUCUGCAGCAGAAUGGAAGUGGAGAGGUCUUGUCAGCGUCGGCAGAUACGCCAGCUCGCUCGACAUGCCGAGCGUUACGCCGGCGAGCGUCCGGCGGAUGCAAGCCCGCCGGUUGGACCCCAUGUACUCUUUGGAUAUCGAGGAGCUUCGCAGGGCACCUACGGCGCCGCAUGUGAACUUCACGACGGUUCCGGGGGCAUGA